AUGGAUAAAUCCUUCCUUCACAUAGAUAUUUUGCACUUGAAGGAGCAAUUGGCUCAGUCUCAGGAGGAGAUCGCAGAUGGACUGUCUUCGAUCAGCGAUCUCAUGCAACAAGUGGAUGGUUUGACUUCCCUAGAGGGUCAGUUGGCACUUUUGCAGGCGGAGAACGCCAACCUACGUCGUCAUCUUGCGGAACACCUCGAGAUAUACGACCAGUUGCAGGUGGUGGAGCAUGAUCGGGAUCAGGCUAUAGCUGAACACCGAGCUCUCCUCGACACACUGAACAGUGCUAUACUCGGAUCCCGGUCGUCUGCGUUGAUCGCUCGAUCGACGCCUAAGAGUGCUACUCCGGUCGGAUCGGCCCCUGCUCCCACUACCCCGGGAUCGAGAUCGCUUGCCCGUAGGUCCAGAUCGGGAUCGUCCGGCCCGCCUGCCAAGCGUCUGCGUAUUCAACCAAAGUCACAAUCCAGUGAUUCUUCCACCGCCCGUGUGGCUUCCCGGAUAUUGUCGUUGAACCCUUCAAUACCCUUAAACAAACUUCCCGGAUUGGCCCCACCCGAGCCUCCACCCAAUUCUUCUUGUUCUCUGCUUUCGUCCGCUGCUUCUGGGACUGGAUCGGGAAGUGAGGAGCUGACCGAGUCGGAUUCUAGCUCGGAUGAUUUGACUCGUGCUGCAUUAUCCCAAUCGAGAUCGGCCUCUCGUCGUCAACCUAGAUCGGAUGCCCGAUCUUCGACCCCGAACCCCUCUCCGGCCACUCGGGUUGUUCCCGCUUCUCCAGCAGCUACUGCGUUGGCUCAAGCACUGUUGCGUUCGCCUUCUCCAGACGUUCCGGAGCCUCGUUAUCUUUCGUACCCAUCCACUCCGGUCGCGGCUGUCCCCGUAGUCGAAAUUCAAGAUGAUGGCGGCGUAGAAGACGUGGAGGUAUCGCCAACAGGGGAGACACACAGCGAGACUGGCUCUGUUGGUCCGCCUCCGGAGUCUACUGCGCUUUCGGAUCGCCAUUCGUCCGAUAGCGAAAACAGCAUUACCCUUCCGGCACGCCAAGUGGCUAACAGUGUUUUCUCUUCCGUGGACUUCGACAAUCUUCCGCCACUCCAGCAACCACGGGAUCGGUGGAUUCCCAACUAUCUGGCGCCCUCCCGACGGGUAGCUUCCGAGAUCGCUCUAUGGUCCGUUUCGCGGAUCGCGAUGGUUUGCGUGAGGACCAUGACCAUUGAGCUGUUGUUUCACCACUGCUCCAAACCCAGGAAUUUUCUGUUUCCCUUCUACAAUCAUGGACGAGCUCCGCCUACGGGGACUUGGGCUUCUGGGCUGAUCUCGCGGCAGCACAUCGAGGCUCUUUAUGCUUUAGCCCCUUGGGAUAAUAUCAUAGUCCCAGUGAACCCGAUAUCAUUCACCAUGACUGGAUGGUAUCGUGAUAUGGGUCAUCGAUACCUGGAGCUUGAGUCUACUCAUCGACAAGCUCUGUGGGAAUCCACUCAUGCUUUCCCGAUUCCUCCGGCUCAAAGGCGAUCUGAACGGUUCAUGCAGACAUUCUGGCGCCAACAAAAACAACGCCGUUCUCGCUUUGGAGCGCGUUGGAAGAACUUCUUGAAGAUGAUACUCAGCGGCAUGAUCGCUGGCCACUGUGAUCUCGACAUCUUGCUAGAUCCCUUCUUCCUCCACUAUCCGCGCCCACAUGAAGACCGAGUUUGGUAUCCAGGGUUAGGACACUCUAACGACCCAGCUGACUUGCUAGAGGCGUUGGACAUGGCAGACCAAGAGGAUCCUUGGCGCAACCAGUUCCGUAACGCCUAUUGGGAUCAUCCCGGAUCGCAGAUCCCUCGUCUGCAGGACAAGUUCAAACCUGCUCCAUCGUCUUAG